UGGCCAGCACGUGCCCGGAGUCCCCUACCCCCCGCGCGUAUUGUCGAUAACGGCUCUCCCAAGAGCGAGAAAUUGCCAAGAAAGAGACUACACCGAAUGUGCGCACAGCCAGCUGUCCUCAGUUCACACGGUCUGAUCGAGCGCCUACAAAAGCGCUACGAGUUUGGUUUCGGGACCGUUAAUCGCUUGUUUUGUACCGGGCCUUCCAGCAUCGUUGAUGCGAGAUGCUCUAUAGUGAGGUUGCAUAAGCGUGCAACGAGAGAGUCUGCUCGUCUUUUCACGUGUUGGCGCAGCGGCGACGGCGGAGAAUGGUGACCUUGGGCAGCGUACCAGCCGAGCUGGGACAACGUGCAAGCCGGCUCUGGCAUUGCGUGAGACGCGCCGACCGCCUCGGCACACGGCACCUGAGCACGAUAGCGGCAGCGUGUGAGACAGGGAAGGAGGCCCCCGCCGAGGCUCUGCCUUCCACCGUUGAGGUGGCUGUGAUCGGAGGUGGCGCCGUGGGCACCAGCCUCACCUACCACUUGGCCAGGAUGGGCAACCCGAACGUCGUGCUGCUCGAGAAAAGCGAGCUGACGGCAGGCUCAACAUGGCACGCGGCAGGCCUCGCGGCGCUCUACAACCCGGGAAUCAACAUGAAGAGGAUCCACUACGACAGCAUCAACUUGUUCGCAGCACUUCAGCUCGACACUGGACGAGACCUUGGCUUUCACCGUCCGGGCAGUAUCCGGCUGGCGUCGGACCCGAUUAGGAUGGACGAAUUUCGGUACCAGAUGCAGCGGCAGGGCUGGAACAAGGCGCCGCAGAAGCUUAUCACCGUCGACGAAAUCAGGCAACAUGUGCCCUUCAUCAACCUGGACAAGGUGCUGGGCGGCUUGUACAACCCGGCGGAUGGCCACAUCGACCCGUACUCCCUGACCAUGGCCAUGGCCUCCGAAGCGAAGCGGUACGGGGCGCGCAUCUUCCAGGGUACGGCGGUGCUGGGCCUCCGCAAGGACCACAAGGACAACCGAUGGCUCGUCGAGACAAGCCGAGGUCCCGUACGUGCGAAGCACGUCGUCAAUUGCGCCGGAUUUUGGGCCCACGAGGUAAACGCCUUAGCAGGCGUCGACCUUCCGCUCGUGCCCAUCCAUCAUCAGUACUUCAUCACAAGCUCCAUACCAGAAGUGAAGAAUCUCAAGAAGGAAAUACCCGUCCUCAGACACCUGGAAGGCGGCUUCUACAUGCGCCAAGAGCGCGACGGCCUGCUCAUAGGUCCUUACGAGCACCAGGACAAAAUGAAGAUAUGCGACGACUGGGUCACCAACAGGGUACCUCCCGGCUUCGGCAAGGAGCUGUUCAACCCGGACCUGGACCGUCUCACGGAGCACAUCGAGUCCGCCAUGGAGCUGGUGCCGGCGCUGAGGACGGCUGAGAUCCGCACCACGGUAUCCGGGCCCAUCACGUACACGGCUGACAGCCUGCCCUGCAUCGGACCCAUUCCUCGAUUCCCGAACUACUGGGUGGCCGUUGGAUUUGCGUACGGAAUCAUUCACUCCGGAGGAGCGGGCCGGUAUCUGGCAGAGUGGAUGACAAAGGGAGAGCCGCCUUACGACCUCGUUGAAACUGAUCCGGGUCGGUUUGGAAAAUGGGCCACAAGAUCGUACCUGUUCUCCAAGUCGAAGGAAACGUACGGCAUGAACAACAGCUUCACGUUCCCGAAGGAAGAACGCUGGGCCGGAAGGCCGACGGAGCGGGUGAGCGGGAUCCACGACCAGCUCGUCGAGCGAGGAGCCGAGAUGGGAUUCCACGCCGGUUGGGAGCAGCCAGCGUGGUUCUCCCAGCCUGGUGACGUCAGCGGCUACCACCCUAGUUUCCGGCGCAGCAACUGGUUCGAGCCUAUGAAGCGCGAGUGUCGCAGUGUCCUCGACAGUGUUGGCGUCAUCGACCUGACGCCGUUCGCCAAGUUUGAAGUGACCGGCAAGGGAGCCAGUCGAUUCCUCGACAAGCUUCUGGCGAACAAACUGCCCGCGGUGAACUCCAUCAACAUCUCGCACAUGCUGACGCCCAGAGGUAGAGUCUACGCCGAGGUGACGGUGACCAGGCUGGAGGAAAAUCGCUACUUCGUCAUCACGGGAUCCGGCUCGGAGCUUCACGACUUCAGGUGGAUGGACGAUCACCUCAGGCUCUGGAAGAUGGACGACGUCAAGAUUGAUAACGUCACGGACAGCGUAGCAGCGCUCGGCAUAGCGGGUCCGCAUUCGGCUAACGUCCUGGCGUCGCUCACAGACGUGCCCCUAAGCGACGACAAAUUCCCAUUCCUGCACGCCAGGCAGAUGAGCGUCUCUGGCAUUCCCGUGACCGCCAUGCGAGUAUCCUACACCGGUGAACUUGGAUGGGAACUCUAUCACGACAGAAAGCACACCGCCGCACUGUACAACCAACUGCUCCGAUUCGGCGAGCCCUAUGACAUCAAAGAUUUCGGAACGUACGCUCUGAACAGCCUACGCAUCGAGAAAGGCUUCAGGCUUUGGGGUGCCGACAUGACUGUUGACACCAACCCAUUUGAAGCCGGUCUCGGACCAUUCGUCAGGAUGAAGAAGGCCGCAGAUUUUAUAGGCAAGGCAGCUCUUCAGCAAAUCCUGAGUGAAGGACUGUCGCGAAAGCUGGUUCACCUCGCCGUAUACGCCCCGGAUGUUGAUCCAGAAGGCAACGAGUCCGUCUGGUGUUCAGACAAGGUUGUCGGGUACACGACCUCCGGAACUUACGGAGUCCAGUCCCAACAGAGCCUGGCAAUGGCAUAUCUCCCGAUGUACCUCGCAAUUCCAGGAAGCGAGGUGCAGGUGGAGCUGCUGGGGAAGCUCUGCUCGGCCACAGUCUUGCCAUCGGCCCCCGUUCCCGUGCAAGUCAAGCGGAGGAAACCGCCCAUAACAAGCAGCUGAUUUGCGACGAAGGACCAUAACAAGCCAAGCACUGUCCAGUGCAGCGGGACAAUAUCUGCUUAGUAAUUAACUGGCGCGUGACGUGUACCCUUGACGGGUAACACGAUUGAGUUUCAUGAAAAUGUACAAACAGUGUUCUAACAUUCCAUUUAAUCAGACAUGUUGUUGUUGUUGUUGUUGUCCUGAGUGGUUGUGGCGCAUACCCACAGUGGGUGAUUGGCCAUGAAUCGGGUGGUUAAAUUAGGUGUAUAAAAACAAGGGAACCGACAAUUUGAACGUAAUCAGACAUAAUUAUUCGGGCCCUCCUCGCCUCUUCUCUUGGUCUCUCCUGUGCGCUUCUUCAUUCUCUUUCACGAGUGUUACAACUGUCAGUGAAAAACCCUACCCGUAGCAUGGAAAGGAAGGAAAAAAGAAGAAAAGAAAGUGAAUUUCUUAGAGGGCCCCUAUACCACUCUUAGCUCGAACAUUUGUUUCAUAGUGGUAGCUGUGUACCAGUCUACAAUGAGCACACAGCCGCAAGAAUUCUUAAACUGUUGUAAUGGCAAAGUCACAGGCGUAACUUUGCCUGGACUAUGCGGCCUCUGCAGUUUCUCGCUACCUUCGCUACCCUCCCCAACGGCACUCUCUCCUCCCAGCCGCUUGCUUUCACCAACUCCAUGCAGUGAAGCGGAAGCUACGGGUCACUCCAACCCUUUUUUUUUUUUUUUUUUUUUUUUCAGCGGCCAUGCUUCAACACAUCAGAAGAAAGGCUCGUAUGCUUCCAUUUCUAAUCGCCUUCCGUGCGAUGCCGUCUGAAUGGAAGCUUAACAAAACACGUUGCGGGACUAGUUGGUGAUGCAGUUGGUAACGCCGCUUCUUUUACGCUCCUCCUGUGCGGCGUUACAAUAUUUUCUUUCUUACGAAAGUACUUUUCAAGACGAGGACACAGAACGUCAUGUCAUAUCUUUCUGCAAUGUAUUUCAGUGUCAUGUCUUGAAAAGUAGCGCUGGAUAUUACUUUCGUAAGAAAGAAAAUAUAACGAAUGGAAGCUUCAUACGAGAUUCAGUGGCGCCACAAUGGCCGGGGCCAAUCCAUUUUCACAACACGCAGCUGUCUCUCGUUACUGUACUCUCGUCUUGCUGGCGCUCUCGUUCCUCGUCGACCGACCAAUCGACAGCACUUUUCCAGCUUACACCACACGAAGCACCCUGAUGUCGUCACGACGUGCGAAGCAACGUUGGUGCGAAGGAGGAAUUGGAAAAUCCUCGAGAGGAGCGCAAAAGAAGCACGUCGUUCUUUUUCUUUUUUUUUUUUAUGACGAAGUCUUUAAAAAAUUAUAACAGCUUCUCAGUCGACCGCGCUGUGCGUAGUCAAGUUGUCGUAAUCCAUCUACUGACGAGAAAUAAAUAUCGUUGCAACUUCUGA